GCAAAGCCCAUCCCCAAAUAUGAAGUCUCGUGGGUGCGCAAUGGAACACAUUCUUUCAUUCAAAGCUCGCCGUCGCUGCAGCCUUUUCACGUCGCCGCCGGUCGAAAGUGCACUGUCGGGUUUCUUCUUUCAUCGUCUGCUUGUUCUGCUUCACACACCCGUUGUCUCGCGCCCGGAGUUGUGAAAGUUUCUCGGCUCUGAUGUCGCAAUAAGCACGAGUGCGAAAUCGCAGACCCGCCUGGCAAAAGAUACAGACGCCCUCAGAACAGCUCCUUAUCUUGUCUGACUUUCAGCACGUCUUUCCUCACGCUGGUCGAGUUUCUGUCUCGCACUUCGGCCGCAUACAUUUCAUUCCGACCUUCCUUUCCGCGCUUGCAUAACAUCAUCAAGCGUAAAGAAGUCUUGUCCUUUUAUCGAGCUUCCGCCUCGUCGCUGCCGGGUUGGUAAAGGAACGUUUUCUUACCACCGAUUCGCACGAUCCGGCCAUUCGAUCGCAGCCCAUCGGCAAGUCUUUCGCCCAAGCUGAGGACUGCUGAAUGAUCCUAUUCGAGGAGAUCUAGCGAAAGUCCUCGUGCUGUUCAGUUCUACUUGCGACCAUGUCGGCGACAACAGGUUUGCCCUAUGUGCCGCUCGUGCCAUAUCCGUCCGGCAGCGCGCCUGCUACCGGUGGUGACUCAGAGACACAGAAUCUGAGCGCUUACUACGAAACCGGAAACAUUGCCUGGAUGAUAACGUCCACUGCACUCGUGUUGCUCAUGAUUCCGGGCGUAGGGUUUUUCUAUUCCGGUCUUGCUAGAAGAAAAUCGGCCUUGUCAUUGCUAUGGCUGUCGGUCAUGGGCACGGCUGUCGUCUCGUUCCAAUGGUUCUUCUGGGGAUAUUCAUUAGCUUUCUCGCAUCAGGCUGGCAACUACAUCGGAGCCCUGGACAAUUUUGGAUUCAUGAACGUGCUUGGAGCUCCCUCGGUAGGCAGCUCAAACAUCCCAGAUCUUCUCUUUGCUGUCUACCAGGGCAUGUUUGCCGCUAUCACCGUUGUCCUUGCCAUCGGCGCUGUGGCAGAACGCGGUAGAAUGCUUCCGGCUCUUAUCUACAUGUUUGUAUGGUCUACAAUCGUCUAUGACCCGAUUGCCUGCUGGACGUGGAACCCCAGUGGCUGGGUUUACCAGAUGGGCGGCCUUGACUUUGCCGGCGGCACUCCAGUGCAUAUUUCGUCAGGCUGUGCCGCGCUGGCCUACUCGUACAUGCUCGGAAAGAGAAGGGGUCAUGGCACCCAAGAACUGAACUACAGACCGCACAAUGUCACUCACAUUGUGAUCGGUACCGUGUUCCUUUGGGUCGGUUGGUUUGGUUUCAACGCUGGUUCAGCUCUAGGUGCCAACCUUCGCUCCGUCAUGGCCGCUGUCGUUACCCAUCUCGCCGCUUGCACGGGCGGCAUCACUUGGUGCUUGGUGGACUACCGUCUGGAGCGCAAGUGGUCCACUGUCGGAUUUUGCUCCGGCGUCAUCGCAGGCCUGGUCGCCAUCACACCAGGCUCUGGUUAUGUGCCGGCUUGGUCCGCGAUCAUUUUCGGCGUCGUUGGCGGCGCGGCGUGCAACUAUGCCACAAAGCUCAAGUACUUCCUGCGAUGUGACGACGCACUGGACAUUUUCGCAGUCCACGGCGUCGGCGGUUUCGUAGGCAACAUUUUGACCGCCUUCUUCGCAGCCAAGUACAUCAUCCACCUGGACGGUGUGAGCGACCUUCCAGGUGGUUGGCUCGAGCACCACUGGAUCCAGCUUGCGUACCAGCUAGCUGAUUCUGUCUCGGGCGGUGCAUACUCUUUCGGUGGGACCUGCAUCAUUCUGGCGGUUCUUGACUUCCUCGGCAAGUAUAUGCCAAUCUUCAAGCUACGCGCCUCAGAGGAAGAAGAAAUCCUCGGCAUCGACGACGUGGAAAUUGGCGAGUUCGCUUACGACUACGUCGAACUUGCCCGCGAAGUCAAGACCAUGGACGACGACGACGAAAGAUCAGCAGGUGAUGGUGGCUACGAUGGCGAGCCGAAAUCCUACGACUCGAGCCGCCCUUUAGACCCGCUCGGGCCAUGAAGUCAGGGUAUCUAGAGCUGAGAGAUUCGAAUGCUCAGGGAAUCUCUACUCGAACGGCUCCUCCUGACCCGUGACCCGAGCAUGGCGAUCGCGAGCUGUUGUCCGCGCCUUUUCUGUAUUCCCGCGUUUUGUCGAGUAACGCACCGACCGUCUCGGUCAACCCUUCAGGGUACGAGCGCAUAUACAUACCCAAUCUCAAACAUAUAUACAUAUAUUUUAUACAUGAUCAUCGUCACUAUCACCACCAACAGCAUUUACCACUGACAACGAUCACCGCCAUCAAGAUCGGAAUAAAAAAAGGAGAGAAAAGCUGCGCCGCGCGGCGUUGGAUCCCGGAAAUGUUUUCAAAAGAAAAGAAAGAGAGCUUCUUGUCCCUUAUAUGUAUGUGUCUAUAGUAUGCGCGGCGGCGAUGUUCCCUCACCACCCACGGUCCUACCUGGUCCCAGGGUCUAAUAUGUUUUAUUUUCCUGCACUCGGGAUACCAACCCGAUCUCUUUAACUAUCUCGGGAUGGGCUCCGGGAAUUAGAGGCGAGAAUAAGGAGGCUUCUCUGUGUACAGACU